AAUCAACCCAAUUGGUUUUCAAUUGGGAGAGACCAUAUUCCUAUCUCAAAUUAGUUUGCGUUCUCGAAAGAGUCCCAUAGUUUCUGUCGCUAUUAAUACUUUUCUGAGAAAUCAACGGAGAAGAAACACACAAUUUUGGAAACGAGAAGUGGAAAUCGAAAAGAAAGAAAGAGACGAGAGGAUCAUACAAACAUUCCUCGUCUUUGCUUGCUUCCUUCGGCUCCAAACAAACCCCUCGCCAAGGAAUUUGAAAGAGAAGCAGCAAACGAGAAGUUUUCAUAUAAUAUGGCUUCGAGACGAGGAAUACCAAUAACGACGACACUGUAUUUUUUGUUGCAAAUUGUUACGUUUGUCGGUUGUGGCGGUUUCUUGGCUGAUGCACAAAUUCCCGUUGUAGCUCCGGGAUCUGGUGGUGCAGCACCUAAACCUGGUGGUGCACCUAUUAGCGCACCUGGUCCUGGCGGUGCAACAUCUAAACCGAGUAGUGCACCUAUUGGUGGACCUGGUGCUGGUGGUACAACUCCAGGUCCUGCAGGUGGUGCAACUCCUGGACCUGCUGGUGCACCAAUCGGAGGACCUGGUAGUGCAACUUCUGGACCUGCUGGUGCACCUAUCGGUGGACCAUCUAGCGGUACUAUAUUUGAGGUCACAAAAUAUGGCGCCAUUCCUGAUGGGAAGACCGAUAUGAUGAUGGCCUUCCUAAAAACAUGGGUAGGGGCAUGUAACUCGCCGACGCCGUCGACGAUUGUGAUUCCGGCGGGAGACUUCUUAUGUGGCCUGGCGGUGGUUACCGGACCAUGUAAAGCCCCAAUCGAAGUCCAAGUUCUUGGAACCAUUUCGGCUAAAGACCCAAUUAUCGGCGAUAAUUGGUUCGUCUUCAAACAUAUCGAAAACUUCGUACUCUCCGGGACCGGCACAUUCGACGGCAAAGGCGCCGGCAAAACGGAGCCCAAUGCAGCGAAUCUCAGGUUCCAGUCGGUCACCAAUGGCCUGGUCACCGGAAUCACGAGCAAAGACAGCAACUUCUUCCACAUGGCCGUCCUCGACUCCAAAAACGUCACCUUCACAAAAGUCAACAUCACGGCCGCCGGUGACAGCCUCAACACCGACGGCAUCCACCUCAGCAUGUCCAGCGACAUCAACAUCAUCGACGUCACCAUCGCCACCGGCGACGACUGCAUCUCCAUGGUCGACGGCGUCACCAACGUCAACAUCGAGGGGGUGACGUGCGGUCCGGGCCACGGGAUCGCCAUCGGAUCCCUGGGGAAGUACCCCAACGAAUCUCCGGUGACCGGAAUUCACGUCAAGAAUUGCACCCUCAAGGACACGGAAAACGGCGUCAGGAUCAAGUCGUGGCCGGAUCAGGAGGCCGGAGUUGCCUCCGACAUACAUUUCGACGAUAUUACGUUGGAUGAUGUGCAGAACGCCAUCAUUAUUGACCAGGAGUACUGUCCCGAUGGUGCAUGCAAGUCCAAGGGACCAUCGAAGGUCAAAAUCAGCAACGUGACGUUCACAAACAUUCAUGGGACUACGACGGACCCAGAUACGAUCACGUUGAAGUGCAGCAGUUUGAAUCCGUGUGAAGGAAUUGCGUUGACCGACAUUGAUCUAACCUGUACGAAGGGUGGUGCCAAAUCGACGUGCAUCAAUGUUAAGCCGAUAAUUUCGGGAAAGCCGCCGCCGCCCGGUUGCUAAUACUCGAUUUGAUUUAUUUCUAAUGACGGAUCAUUUCCUGAUGAUCAAUUAAUUGAUUGGAACUAGUUAUACAUAUUGUAUACAUAUAUUCCCUUUUUUGUUUUUUUGUUUUUUUUCUUCCUUCUUUUGAUUCGGAUUGUUUAAUCUUCGUCAUUAGCUAGAAGCAUGCCCUUAAAUUUCAAGUUGGUUUGCUUAUGAGGGUUGUGACUCAAUUUCAUGACUUGUUUGUUUGUAUGUUGUAAUUUUUCGAUCUGUAUCAUAUUGUAGGUAUUUUAUGUUUUGAAAAUAGAUAAUUUUCAAUUGUAACUUAUUCUCUUGUAUCAGAUGCAAUAUACUAUUAAAUUCCUU